AUGACACAAGAACAAAUUGUCACGCCUGCUCCGGCAGCGCAGCCCGCACAUGAUCCUUCACACGAGGAGCACCAAUACCUCAAUCUGAUCCGGACAAUCCUGUCCCAAGGAGAGCACCGUCCUGAUCGCACAGGCACUGGCACGCAGUCAAUCUUCGGUCCACCCCAGCUGCGCUUCUCCCUGUCAAAACCCAACCCCGAGGGCGGCGCCCCGAUUCCCGUUCUGCCCCUCCUUACCACCAAACGAGUGUUCUUGCGCGCCGUCGUCGCCGAGCUCCUGUGGUUCAUCGCAGGCUCCACAUCAUCUCUACCCCUCUCCGAAGCCGGCAUCAAAAUUUGGGAUGGUAACGGUAGCCGCGAGUUUCUUGAUAAGGUUGGACUGGGACAUCGGGAGGAAGGUGAUCUGGGCCCCGUAUAUGGAUUCCAGUGGCGGCAUUUCGGCGCAGAAUACGUGGACGCCAAAACGGACUACUCUGGACAGGGCGUCGACCAGCUCAAGGAAGUGGUCAACAAACUUAUGAAUAACCCUUUCGACCGUCGCAUUAUCAUGAGUGCUUGGAAUCCCGCGGACCUAAAGAAGAUGGCUCUCCCGCCCUGCCACAUGUUCGCCCAGUUCUACGUUUCUUUCCCGCCGGGCAUGAAGCUUGAUGAGAAGACUGGACGGCCGACUGAGAAGGGUACCUUGUCUUGUCUUCUGUACCAGCGCUCUUGCGACAUGGGUCUUGGUGUGCCCUUCAACAUCGCCUCCUACGCUCUCCUUACUCACAUUCUUGCUCAUGCCGCGGAUCUGAACCCUGGCACUCUCAUUCACACUAUGGGCGAUGCCCAUGUCUACCUUGAUCACGUCGAUGCAUUGAAUGAGCAGCUGACACGGGAGCCUACCGAGUUCCCCGAGCUGCGCAUCAAGCGUGAUGACCGGGGUAGCGCUGUUAUCGACGGCUGGAAGGAGGAUGACUUUGAGGUGAUUGGGUACAAGCCCCACAAGAUUAUCAAGAUGAACAUGAGCGUUUAA